AUGACACGCGCUCAGGACGUUUACACGCAGUUUGGUGUGCCAAACUCGAAUGAGAGGGGCAUUGACGUUGUGACCGACGCUGAAGGCGCCACGUUUGUUCUCGCAUACACGGACGGCGCCCUGUUCCCAAAGCAGACCGGCAGCAACGACAUCGUGCUGAUGAAGUAUGGGCCCGAUCACACCCAGCGCUUGUGGGGCGUGCAGGUUGGCACCGCCGACCCAGAUCGGCCCUUCGACAUCACCGUUGACCGCCUGGGCAACCCCAUCAUCGCCUGCCAGCUCGCAUCUGGGCUCGCGGCCCUCAUCAAGUAUUCCUCGUCCGGCACCCACGUGUGGACUAAGACGUUUGGACAGACAAGCGUCAACGGCGUUGCCGUCGCAUCUGACGGCAGCAUCUUCUUCGUCGGCACCGCAACCGCCUCCGCGUCCACGCCGAUCCGCCUCGUGAGGUGCAGCCCGCAGGGCGUGGUGCUCUGGGAGCAGAAGACCGGACAGAGCGGCGAUUACGGCGUGGCCAUCGACCUGGACCCCGAUGACAACCCCAUGUUCCUCGUCGCAGUCAACCAGGGCAGCACCUACUUCAACGGCGUCUACCGCUAUGACGCACUCGGCGUGUUCAAGUGGUACCAAACGUUUGGGGCCCCCGCAUCAAACACACCCCACGACAUUGUCGUGGACAGCGUCGGCGACGCCAUCAUCUGUGGUACAUCCACCAACACAUGGCCCAACAACCAGCACCUCGGCAAAGGCGACGCGUUUGUGAUCAAGAUUGAUGGCAUGUCGGGUUCAGCCAUGUGGUAUCGCUCCGUCGGCACGGUACAGGCCGAUGUGGCGUGGGGCGUGACAGUGGAUGGCGCUGACAACGUCUACAUCGCCGGCAAGACGGAAGCGAGCAUCGAGCCUGGCGUGUGGCAUGGCGGUGCCAGCGACUACUUUCUGGCCAGGCUUGUUGGCCCGCAGGGCGUGGUGGAGUGGGUUGAGCAGUUUGGGACAGGCGACGACGACGUCGCACACGGCGUGACUGUCGACGUGUAUGGGAACGUCAUCUUCACGGGCUAUGUCGUAGGUGCCGUGCUGGUGAUGGCGCUGAUUAUUGCGCUGGUCGUCCGCUCGCGCAACCAACGCCCUGUCGACGACAUCACACCGAAUGGCCCGCUUGCCGUCACCACAAACCCGCUCUACAUGCACACGAACAUCAACGCGAACAGCAACAACAUCAACAACAACGACAACCGGUCGUCAGAGGUCUGA